AUGGAGUCACCAAAAAAAGGUAAGAAAAACUUUCUAACCAAGACAUGGAAACGGUGUCGAUCUUUUCCAAGCAAAAAAAAUGUUGCCCCGGAAGGCUUUUUCCCGGUUUACGUUGGACCCGAAAAACAAUGGUUUGCGGUCAAGAUGAAAUAUGCUAAUCAUCCAUUAUUUAGGAUGCUUCUAGAAGAUGCUGAAAUUGAAUACGGGUAUGAUACACCCGGCCCGCUAUUACUCCCAUGCGAUGUUGAUCUUUUUUAUAAAGUGGUUGCGGAGAUGGAGGCUAAUGAAAUGGAGCAGCCUCGUGGAUGUGGGUUUGUAUACGGGUCGUGUAGCCCGUUUAAUCCGAGUAGGCGAAUAGGAAAUGCGCGUGGCAAUCAGAUGGCUAAAGGAUACGGUGGUUAUGGACUUCUUACUCCUUCACGGUUGCUAAUGAAUUAA